AUGGCUACGGUAUUAAGACAAAUGGUGGAUGUCCUUGACAGGGCAAUAGAACUGGUUGAUAGCACAUGUACUUAUUUAGAAGUCUUCCAGAAAAACCUUGACACAAAUGCCCAGACAACCCGGGAGACAGAUGAACUUGAGGCAUGUGCGGACAAAAUACUUCAUAAUGGAAAAGAUUUUAUGGACGUAUACCUUCAGGCCAGCGCGUUGCAUAGGUCCCUCUCAAGCGCAAGCACAAUUCCUAGGGGCCAAGAGGCCGGCCAUGUGCACUUUAUUUUUCAAACCAUAGCCUCGUACCUACUUUUGUUCAAUGUUUCCGCCAAAGACAUUUAUGCCCACACGCUCACGGUGGACAUGAUGGACAGUAGGCCCCUCUGGAGCGUCAAAAGCAUAGCCCUCAAAUGUCUUUAA